AUCCCAUUUCACACACCUUGAGACCAAACACAAACAUAUUACUGCUCACUAUAACCUAAUAGUGGAGUUGUUGAAAGAGAAAACAAAAAUGGAGGUAGCAUUCCCUAUUAUUGACUUGUCCACAAUCAAUGGUGAGGAGAGAGGAGCCACCAUGGACAUGAUCAAAGAUGCUUGUGAGAAUUGGGGUUUCUUUGAGCUGAUGAACCAUGGAAUAUCUCAUGAACUGAUGGACACUGUGGAGAAACUAACAAAUGAGCACUACAAAAAGUGCAUGAAGGAAAGGUUCAAAGAAAUGGUGACAAGUAAAGGUCUUAAAGUUGUUCAAUCUGAGAUAACUGGCAUGGAUUGGGAAAGCACUUUCUUCUUGCGCCACUUGCCUGAAUCAAACCUUUAUGAAAUUCUUGAUCUUGAAGAUGAUUACAGGAAGGUGAUGAAACAAUUUGCAGUGGAGUUGGAGAAGCUGCCAGAGAAACUUUUAAAAAUAUUGUGUGAGAAUCUUGGGUUGGAACAGGGUUACCUGAAGAAAGUGUUUUAUGGUUCCAAAGGGCCAACUUUUGGUACCAAAGUUAGCAACUAUCCUCUAUGCCUUAAACCAAACCUAAUCAAGGGGCUAAGGGCUCACACUGAUGCUGGUGGAAUCAUAUUACUCUUCCAAGACGACAAGGUCAGUGGGCUUCAACUCCUCAAGGAUGACCAAUGAAUUGAUGUCCCUUCAUUGAAACACUCCAUUGUCAUCAACCUUGGUGACCAACUUGAGGUGAUCAGCAAUAUCAAGUACAAGAGUGUGAUGCACCGUGUGCUGGCUCAAACAGAUAGGACCCGAAUGUCUAUUGCUUCCUGUUACAACCGUGAAAGUGAUGUUGUUUUAUAUCCAGCACCUGCUUUGGUAGACAAAGAAGCUGAGAAACCUAUUGUGUACCCGAAAUUCAUGUUCGAGGACUACAUGAAGGUUUACCCUUCCCUGAAGUUCGAAAACAAUGAGCCAAGGAUCGAAGCCAUGAAGACCAUGGAAUCCAUUGUUAGCUUGGGUCCUAUUGCAACUGUUUGAAUCACCCAUUUAGAUCAAUGGGUUUAAUAUAUAUUUUAUUUUUUUUUAUAAAAUAAGUAUGAUAAAUGUUCUGAUGGAUCCAUCAUGUUAUAUUAUGGAAGCUUUGUAGUUUGACUAAGCUACUAAGAGUUCCACAAUGAACCCUGAUAGUGGUUUAUAUAUAUGAUACUAAUAAAUUUCCCUGAAAUCAUUUUACA